AUGAGGGGCAAUACUGUUGCGGAUACUUGGGCGCGAAUACCUGGCCUAUCGUCGUACUGGUGUCUGCAGAUCCAAUGGCGCGUAGACGAAGACGUCGUCGCUGCCCUCACGGAGCCUCGCUACCCAGUUCCUGACGAGAGCCUCGACACCAUCAUCCUCGUACAGACCAUCUACCUUCUCCAGCUCUUCCUCCAUCUCCACGAGUUCGACCCCUGCAUCAAGGAAGGCGACCCGGACGAGGAGCUUCUCCGCUUAUUCCAGGACAACAUUGCCCGCGAGUUCAACAGCGCCUACGGCACCGCCCACAGCCGCAUGGACAGGGGGCCAUGCCCGGAUGGCGAGUCCCUCGAGCGUGUGGUGCGCGGGCUCAUGCUCGCCCAGAGAGAGGCUGGCCAGCAGCAGCCAGAGCGCUCCCGCUCUUCACACUCUGACUCACCAGACUCUACUAAGUCCAGGCUGCAGCAGCUGCUCGUCCAGCUCGUGGUAGAGCUCAACAAGCCCGUCUACAUGCACAAGUCCCGGUACGAAGAAGCCCACGGCCCACGGACGGACGAGACGUGGGCGGCACGCUUUGCGACGCGCAUCAUCCAGUGGCGCUUCCACAUGCGCAAUCCAAUGGUCCAGCCGGCCCUCAGGGAGCAGAUCAUCCGUGUUGUUGAGGACGCCCAUGCGCUGGACGAGGAAGGGCUGGAGGUGUAUCGUAUGCUUAGGACCGCGGCGCCUGGUUUCAUCCACGUCGUAACGCCCUUGCAGCCGGAGUUGCAGCCGCCGCUGCGGCAGUCGAACCCGACGCACCACGGGCCACAUUCGCAUCAGCAUCAGAGGUCCAUAAGCAGCGGCGGCGGCAUGAAGAUGCAACACAUCCUGGCCUCGCCACUGCCGCAGACGCCGGACCAGACACCAUCAACAUCCUCAGCCACGCCGCGGACGCCAUUGUUUCCUCGACAUUCCAGCGGCGCCCCUGGUGCUGCACCGCCGCCACCACAACCCAAUCACGGCGACAACAGCAGCAAUAAAAGGGCCUCAGCACACGACCUACCCUACCCACCAGCGAAGCGACCGCGAUCCGCCCACGGGCACGACGGGAAAGAGGCCGAUGACGCACACACCCAACCGAAGAGAGAGCCACCAGCUGUAGCCGAGGGGAACCCUGCGGGCGAGAUCCCGAUACGUGGCGGACAGGCCGGCGACGCGUCGAGUUUCCAGCGGGCAAUGCGAGCCGAGGACGCAAAUGUCCUCCAGCGCAUACUGGAUGGAGUGACCGGGCUUCACCAGAGAAUGGAAGGGCUGCACCGGGACCUGGGGCAGAGAUUUGACGCGCUGGACGACCGGCUGCAGCGGCUGGAGGACUGGAUGACCGGCCGCUGCGUCGAGGUCGAACAAAGGGAGUCCCAGGUUCACAGCACUGGACACCGAUGA